AUGUGCAAUGCUUUCGAGAACACCAACAUUCUGGUGCUCUUUGCGGGGUGUCACACUUCCGUGGUCAGGGCAUUUGAGAAGAAUGACUUCUUCGAUGCCGGCAUCACCAAGGCCCAGCUGUUCCUCAGUCUCCACGAUGCCGUGCUGUUUGCCUUGUCCAGGAGGUUCCCAGAGCCCUCCGAGUUAAGCGUGGAUGAAUCUGAGACAGUGAUUCAGGAAACAUACUCAGAAACAGACAAGAAUGACAACUCAGGACAUAGGAACAGUAGUUUUCUAGAAAGUCCAAAACUUGCAAGUCUGGGCUUCCCUAAGGUCCAGGAUCCAGCAGCAGAGGAUGAUUCGGAGCUCGAUUUGGCACUGGAGCCCAUGCUGGAGUCAGAACAGACUGGGAUGGAUCUGGACCUAGACCUGGAUCAGGAGCUGGAGCCUGAUUCUGAGCUGGAUCCGGAUGCAGAGCUCAGGCUCGAAGCUGAGCCUGAGACUGAGCCUGAGCACGAGCCCGAGCUUGAACCUGAGCCUGACCAGGAGUUGAAGGGGGAGCCCGAGGACAAACCCAGGCCCAAAUCUAGGGCUCGCGCUCCUCGUGGGCAGCGGUACUGGCCCCCAUAUCGGUCUGUGGCUCCCAGGUCUUCAUCUCAAACUCCACCUUGGACACGGUCAAUGGAGAGGAGGCAUCACCCUGCGGAUUCGUACUCGCCCGAGGGCAACAACAAGGAUGCCUAGGAGAGGACAUGGGAAUAAGACGUCAGUUAACCUUGGCGAAUCCUCUCCCUCCAAAAGGGGUCACUCGGUCAAGAGACCUAGAUCAGACACGAAGCAGCUGUACCUGUUUCGUGACUCCCUCACCUGCCGGCCUUCUUUACUCAGCACUGGGAUCGUACCCCAGAAGGCAUUGCUAAGUGCCGACCAUCACCUCUGACUCCCUGUCCAGGCCCCCUUCAUCUCGCCUUCAGCAGAUUCUAUUGGUGGAUUUCCUUCACACACCCUACGUUUCUGGGCUUUGUGCCAGACCAUCUCUAACUCACUCCUCUCAUCUCUAUACAUGACG